AUGGUUGAGAUUAUCAAAUACCAAGGAUUUGAUCAUAUCUGGCAAUACUCAGGGCCAUGGCUUUACUAUUUGUUGGCUAUAUAUGUCAGUUUGCCAGUACUAGCUUAUAAGGUUCUUCCCUAUUUAUUUUUAAAGAAAAGACUGCACCAUAAUAGAAGAAAAAGUGUUUUAAUAUUUGUUUUGGGCGACUUGGGCCACUCUCCAAGGAUGUGUUACCAUGCUUUAUCAUUCAGUCAACUCGAGUACAAUGUCAAUCUUUGUGGCUAUGUAGAGACGCGACCUUUGGACAAAAUUGUCGAUGAUAUCAAUAUUGAAAUAACACCAAUUGAAGUUGUCAAAAACUCCGAGAAUUUACCCUUUGUCUUGUUUGCUGCAAAGAAGAUUAUCUUGCAAGUGAGUCAAGUUGCUCGUAUCUUGUACAAGUAUCGAGACGAUACAGAUUUCGUAAUGAUUCAAAACCCACCAAGUAUACCGAUACUCUUGGUUGUUAUAUUUUUCAAAAUAUUGGCAGAUAGACAAUUGAAGAUAAUUAUUGACUGGCACAAUUUGAACUAUACAAUAUUGAACAUGAGAUUCCAAAACUUUAAUAAUUGGCUUGUUAGGUGGGCACGUGCAUAUGAGAAGUUUUUAGCAAGAUUUGCAAGUUUAAACAUUACUGUAACAAAGAAAAUGAAGAGUUUCUUAGUCGAGGAGUUCCAAUUGGAUAAGGGUAAAGUGACUACACUUUAUGAUAAACCGGGUCCCCAGUUUCAGCCUGUCAAUGACAAGAAAAUCUUGUAUAGCCAUGAACUAGUCCAAGGCAUAGACAAUAUCGAGCACUACAAAGUAUUGGUUAGUGCUACGUCAUUUACUCCAGACGAGGAUUUUUCAAUUUUGUUAAAUGCAUUGAAACUAUAUGAAAAGGAAACAAAAUCCCCUCCAGUGUUAUUGAUUGUUACUGGGAAAGGUCCUUUGAAAACAGAUUUUUUGCAAAUGGUGGAAAAUCUCAAAUUUUCCCCAUCAAAAGUAGUCGUUAGAACCGCGUGGUUGACUUCAGAGGAAUACCCUAAAAUACUAGCCAGUGCAGAUUUGGGCAUUUCAUUACACACAUCCUCCAGUGGAAUUGAUUUACCAAUGAAAAUUGUGGACUUCUUCGGUUGUGGCAUACCAGUCGUUUCCUUGAACUUCCCGGCAAUUGAUGAAUUAGUGAAGGAUGGAGAAAAUGGGCUCGUUGCAGAAAAUUCAACAUCUGAUGAAGUUUGCUCUUUGUUAACCCAAGCUUUCACCGAUGACAAACUUUUGAAACACUUGAAGAUGGGGGCAAUUGACGAGAGUAAGUCAAGAUGGAAUGAGAACUGGAUUCGAGUUCUACAACCGAAAUUUGAAAAUAGUUAA